AUGACCAAAUACGACAUUCAGACCCUCUUGGCAGCAAAGCCGAAUGCUCACAUAGACCUUGAAAGGUUCAGCGACCAGGCUUUUACUAACAACCUAGUCCGGUCAAAUGUCCUAUCCGAGCAGUCUGUCAACCGGCCAAGAAACGCGUCCGGCGGUCAUUCCCGUCGCAAUGGGAUGACACCUUUAGUCCUGAAUACGCAGAACGCGCCCCGUCAGCCGGACCAUGAAACUUUGUCAUCAUCUAAUUCGCAGUUUGAUGAUGCAUUCGUGCGAUUCAUUGAGCAGCACACUUCUCCAAAGCCACAGCGCGUCACUGCCGGGGGCCGUAUCGUGCCGAUGAACCCAUGGGAUUCUCCUCCCAAAUGGAGUCUUCCAUUGAGCUCGAAAGCUGCAAGUGCUGCGAACAGCGACAUGUCCAAAGCUGUUUGUUCAACUGCAAAAAAUGAGCCGAAAUCUAAACCAGAAAAUCGACCGAAACAGCAGGCGCCCAACCCUGAGAGCAGGGCGCCUAAGACAAACCCCUUGCCCGCAGAUGCUGCCAAUGCGCCAUGCUUUCAUCCCCUCAGCAGCACAAGCCCGUUUCAACAUGCUAGUGUCCCUCCCGCAACUCAGCCGGCACAAGGAACUCCGUUAUCCGCUUAUCCAGCACUUGGGAUUAGUGGGGAUGGCUUCUUGAAUGCUUUCGCUCAACCACCAACCCCGUCGCAGCUGGUUGGUGCGCAAGCUCCCCCGGCCACAUUCGCCUUCCAGCCGCAGCCAUCUGCCGUGACGACACCCAACUUCCCGGGCUGGCAUGGCAUGAAUACACUUUCACCUGCCGCGUUCAGUCCGUACCAGGGGAGUUUUACACCAACCCCUUCUGGACUUGGUGCUCAGUGGCCUCAGCUUCCUCAGCUGCCCCAACUCCCUCAGUUGCCGCAGCUCCCUCCGUUGCCUCCGUUUCCCCAGCUUCCACAAAUGCCCCAGCUUGCUCAAGCUUCUCCGGUUGUUAGCAGUCAGGUGCCUGCCUCUGGACAGCAAUUCGUCCCUUCAUAUUUUCAGGACGCUGUCUAUCAAAAAUCACUCGAGGACGCCACCAAGCAGUACGAUGCGCUUUCCGCGCAACUCUCUCAGAUCGACAGGUUCACUGCAAUGCAUGCGUGGGUCAUUGAUCCCGAGACGAAAAAGCUUCUGGUUGAGCAACGAAAGAGCUUGGUACGAGAACUUGAUACCGUGAGACUGUAUAAGGAGCAUUUGCAGGUGCUUUUCGGAAAACACCUGAUGAACAGCCCUGCGAAAAGUCGUCAGGAACGUAUUCCUGUCCCGGUUACACCUCCCAGGAAAGAAGCCUGGGAGACGCCUACCAAGUCCAAAUCAAGGUCAUUGUCCCCUACAGUUCGCAACCUCUACCGCACCAUUGAAGAAACUGACGAGCGCGGAGAACCAAUCGAUGGACUUCUUCGAGCGCUAUCAGGCGCCUCUAAAGGCCUUGCGAAGAGGUUGAGUGAAGAACGCAAAAAGUCCUUUUGUGUAGCUGCUGAGCAGUCCCCAAGGGAGUUGCCUAGUAGGGGUAGCACGUUUGUCAAAGCGAAGGAGGAAUCUUUGCACGAAGCACCGGAGAAAGCCGAGUACGCCCAGCCCGUGCAGGUGUCAAGAAGGCUUUGGCAGUCAGAUCCCAACCCACACCCUCCGCUACUUUCGCAAUGCUUCAACAAGGAUUGGAGCCCGGUUUUGCAGAAGUCGGCUGCUCCAGCCAUUUCUCAGAAUGUCACCGCCCAUGCUUUCCUUCCUUCUUUUGAUGGCGCGGGAAGAUCAGCCGAUGGCUUCGAAUUGAUUUGA